UUUGUGUUUUCGCGACUUGACAAAAAUAUGCUUUCCCAGUGCCGUGUUUAAAUGAAUAAAAACGAGUUUUAUGUGUUCAUUUAAUGCACAAUCAUAUGUCUAGUGUAUCAAAUACAAUUAGCGUUAUUGACAUAACGCCUGGUUUAGUAAUUGCUUUAAGAAUCAAUUGUAUAUAGUAAAUUAUUCAACGAAAAUGGCGUCAAACAUGGAAGAGGUACAAGGCUUAAGAGAAUGCGAAUAUUAUAUUCAAACGCACAGAAUACAAGGCCUUCUAAAAGACUGUAUUGUACAAUUAUGUGUAACCCGUCCUGAGAAUCCUGUGUCUUUUUUAAGGGAAUAUUUUCAAAAACUGGAGAGGGAGCAAGCCCGUCCCGGUGGCGGUAACACGCUCAACCAUCAAUCCAACCAACAACAAGACUUAAUUUUAACCCCGGAAGAGGAAUCUCAACCGACGACCCCGGUCGUGGUUCAGCUCAUAGGUUCGGGACCCACGCAGCUAAGGGCGCCCGGGUCGAGGCGCCGAGGAGCGAUUUCGGCUGAGCCCGUCACCGAGGAAGACGCCACGAACUAUGUCAAGAAGGUCGUUCCGAAGGAUUAUAAAACGAUGGCGGCCCUGGCGAAGGCGAUAGAUCGGCAUGUGCUGUUUUCGCAUUUGGACGACAAUGAAAGAUCUGAUAUUUUUGACGCCAUGUUUCCAGUAGUAUGCCAACCAGGCGAGUCUAUAAUUCAACAAGGAGACGAAGGUGAUAACUUUUACGUUGUUGACGAAGGAGAAGUCGAGAUUUAUGUAAACAACCAGUUAGUGACUACAAUAGGCGGCGGGGGCAGUUUCGGCGAAUUGGCUCUUAUUUUUGGAACCAGACGUGCCGCCACUGCCCGGGCCAAAACCAAAGUCAAAUUAUGGGGAAUCGAUCGGGAUUCCUACAGAAGAAUUCUCAUGGGUUCUACGAUCAGAAAACGCAAGAUGUACGAAGCCUUCUUGUCCAGGGUCAGCAUACUCGAAUCUCUCGACAAAUGGGAGCGCCUAACCAUCGCCGACGCCCUAGAGCCGGUUACCUUCGAGGCGGGCGCGACUAUAGUGAAACAGGGCGAUCCUGGUGAAGAUUUUUUCAUAAUCGUCGAAGGGACUGCUAAGGUGUUACAGAAACGUGUCGAUAGUGAUACACCAGUCGAGGUUGGCAGAUUGGGACCCAGUGAUUAUUUCGGGGAAAUUGCUUUGUUACUGGACAGGCCAAGGGCUGCUACUGUAGUCGCUUGCGGGCCUCUUAAGUGCGUGCGGCUGGACCGAGCAAGAUUCGAAAGAGUUUUGGGUCCCUGCGCCGAUAUUCUCAAGCGAAAUAUAACCCAGUACAACAGCUUCGUUUCGCUAUCGGUAUAAUAAAUUUUCAAAAAAAUUUAUUAUAUUUAUAAUUAAUGUACCUACAUCAUUUCAAUUUGUGGUAAAAAUGCGAUAAUUAAUAUUUUAAUAUGUUAAUACAUAAAUGUACCAGUGUAAUCGGAGA